GAUCCCUGCAAUGCCAUGGAGAUCCUCCCUCUUGCUUCGGCAUUGUUCUUAGCUGGAUCAGCCAUGAGGAAGGCGUACCUUAGUUCGAAACGUCGAGGUUAUGGGUCAAAAAACACAGGCGACACAAACGUCGAAGUAAAAAUAGACCUCUGUGAUGGAUGUGAGAGCACGGAAGGAGCGAUCAUUGCGGUUGGGGCGGAACUUGCGAUGAAGGCGCACAGUGGCUGGAUCCAGGCAAGGAUGCGACGGAACCGGGCCAUCCCCGGACUGUCAAAAGAGUUCGCCGAGCAUCGAAGUCAGGUACGGCGUGACCUGGCGGGAAAUACCACCGGCCAACAGUCUGCCAGCCAGGCCAUAGCGGAAGAACUUGUGGGCAUUCACGCCGCCGACUUGCAGACAGACAAGUUGACACGCGGGAAGGCCGCUGUGCGGACGGACCUUGGAACCGUUAUGGAAGUAGACGGGGUUUGGAAUUCUGUCUCCAACGGGCUACUGGAAGUGAAUUACGCCGUGCGCCAUGGGACGGCCGUGGUUUACAGGUCCCUGGAAGGUUUGCAUGAGGAUAUGGCCUCAUUGCAUUCGAGCAUAGACAAGGCCCAGCGAGAAAACUCAGAAUGUUUCCAACAAGUGUCAUCGAGGCUGCAAGGUUUCGAAGAGUACGUCAGGAGUCAUCACCAGCAACAGGACGGAAAAUACCUUCAGCGUUCGUUGAAGAAGGCCAGGAUGUGCCUCAUUGAAUUCACGGGAACCGGGGGUGGGGAACCCCAACUCCUUGACCAAGCGAAGGAGAGUUGCAUAAAUAUACUCAUCCGUGAGCCCCACUCGGACAGUUUGGAUGUCCAUUUUUUGGCCGGCUGUAUUGCCAUUGCAGCCAGCUUCACCAAGCACGCCCAGCAAGAGCCGCCGGCCAGGGCCAAGGCAUAUGUCUUCGAUGGGGUUUUCCGGAACGUCAUGCUGUCAUUCGAGGCAUUUUGGACCGACCCUUGCGCGGCGCGCACACGCAACGGGAUCCUCGUGGUGGAAUACCUACUGAGCAUCGUGUCGUCGGUCUGCAUGCUCCCACCGGAGGGUCUUCUCCUCCCGCAGCUAGACGACAGACUUGUCAAGGCCUUCGGCGUCCUGUGUUCUUCAGAGCCUUCCAUCCUCGAUCGUUACCCCGAAGUUGGGGGAGCCGCGGUGCGAGCUCUGCUUCAAACCAAGCCCCUGGACGAACUCUGCCGGAUGUCGAAGUCGUUGGGAGUGGACAUUGCGUUGUGCGACAACAGGGCGGAUCUCAUCCAGGGAAUGCUUGAUAAACGAAAAUCCAUACCGGUUGAUGCGGUGAUGGACGAAGUCACCAAGACCAGCCAGAGGGAGUCUAGCAUCGACGUGGACAGCAACUCGGACGACGACCCGAUCCAAUCGCUGAAGGCGAUGAAGGCGCAGAUGUGUUGAAAUACAGCGCAUUACUGCUGUAGGAUUUGUGUGUAAGUUAGUAGACUACCUGUGUAGAUGCCGUGUGAUAAGUGAUGUUUGGUAUUUACAUAGACUACUGCACUACUGCUGCUGUAAAUGUAUCAUGUAGCGACGAGUUUAGCGAGGAGCUCGUGAAUGAAUUGAUUGUUGAUCGACUGAGGUUAUAUCUCGAACGUGUAGUCUUUCUGUGAGGCGAUGCUUACUUUCUAUUUAAGCGAGAUCAGGAGGUGUUGCGAGCCUCACCAGGCUCACUCCCCAACAAUCUCUCAACAUCUCAACUCUGCAAAUAAGCUGUGAAGUGAACAAGACUGAAAAGAU